UAUACUCACCCUACAUACAUAUUCUCUUAAUUCUCUCUACUCUCUUACACAGUUACACUACGUAUCACACCUUAAUUUCCAUAUAUGCAUACAUACAUAUACACCUAUAUACUGAAGAUCAGGCUCCUCAUCAUUCUUCUAUCUACAACGUUCAGUUGCUCAAUCUCCCUCCCUUCUCUGGUCUGUCUGUGAUCUUGGAGCAGUUCAAGAACGAAGCAACCUACUUCAGCAAUUCUGUUUUUCUCAUUUGAAAUUGAACGAAGAUGAUGGAAUCGUGCGUUCCACCAGGGUUUAGAUUUCAUCCGACAGAGGAAGAACUUGUGGGUUACUACCUAAAAAGGAAGAUCAAUUCCUUAAAAAUUGAUCUAGACGUCAUUGUUGAUAUUGAUCUCUACAAAAUCGAACCAUGGGACAUUGAAGCGAGAUGCAAGCUGGGGUAUGAUGAACAGAACGAGUGGUACUUUUUCAGCCACAAAGACCGGAAGUACCCAACCGGAACCCGGACUAACAGAGCCACAGCGGCCGGUUUCUGGAAAGCCACCGGCCGGGACAAGGCCGUGCUCUCCAAGGACCGAAUAAUCGGCAUGAGAAAAACCCUCGUCUUCUACAAGGGACGGGCCCCUAAUGGCCGUAAAACAGAUUGGAUCAUGCACGAGUACCGCCUCCAAACCUCCGAACACGGACCGUCGCAGGAAGAAGGAUGGGUAGUUUGUCGCGCAUUCAAAAAGCCGGUUCCGAACCAGCGGCCGCCUGGUUUCGAUGCAUGGAACCAGUCUUUCUGUGUGAGAGCCCCUAUGAAUGACCACAUAACAAGGCCAGCUCCAUCGAUUUCGUCAGAUCCCAAUCAAGAUCACUCCAGCCCUUACCAUCAUCCUUUUGCGUCCUCGGAGAUUCAUGAUCAGGAAGUGUUCGUCUCUAACCAGAACUUAUCACUCGUGGACAUGAAUCAGCUCAUAGAGCUUCCUCAACUCGACAGCCCUACCACGAGAGAGCAAGGUUCCCAUAGCCAUGUCAACCAUAAAGAUUACGAGGAGGAAAAGACCAAUAAUAAUAACCAGCACGUUGAUUACAGCUGGAAAAACUUGGAGUGUUUUCUGGCAUCGCAAGUCAAUGAUACGACCUCGUUUCCCUUCAAUGCAAGUCCAGGCUUGCCUAGUUCUAUAAACGUAACUCACACCUAUGAUGAGCUUACAGUCCACAAUCAAGACUACGUUAACCAUCUCUUCGGAUGCAGCUUCUCGGAUCAUUCUUAACAUAAUGUGUUGACAGUUAAUAAUGGAGCUAUAGCUAGCUAGUGAUACAUUAGGAGUUUCUAUAUAUAAUUAAUUAUUAAAUAUGGCUCGUUUAGUUGCUGUUAUUGAAGAUUAUACACAUAUUUGUAUAUGUGUUAUGUCUACUGCAUUCUUAACAUGCAUGCAUUAAUGGCGGAAGCAGAUUGCAUGUAUAGAUAUUUGGUUUUUGAUAAAGCUGCAGAGGAGAUAUCUGGUUGAAAGUUAAAAAUCCUCCCAUGCAGAAAAGUGCAGCAAAUUAAGGUGAAUAAGUUUUGAAUUCACCUUUUUUGCCUAUGUUGUUUU